AUGAUCUACAAGCAUGGCCUUCCAAGAUUGAAGGCAUCUAAAGGCCUCCACAGCCAAGGCCUUCUCCACCGUGACAUCAAGGCCGGUAAUAUUGUUGUCGAUUCCAAUGGUUCCAUCAAGCUCACUGACUUUGGUGUCUCUGCAUCCAUCUACGAAGCGUCUUCUUCCUCCUAUUCCAUGUCAUCUCUUUCUUUAUCUUUCUUCAACGACGUUACUGGCACACUCUACUGGAUGGCGCCUGAGGUCAUACACUCACAUGUAGGUUAUGGGUUCAAGGCCGAUAUAUGGUCUUUCGGUAUCACUACGUUGGAGCUAGCACAUGGCCGUCCACCCCUCUCUCACCUCCCACCCUCUAAAUCGCUGGUGGUGAGGAUCACUAACCGCUUCAAACUCAACUACGAAGAUGAUCACGAUGAAGAAAGUGUCAUCGGCAAGAAGAAGAACAAGAAGGAUAAGAAACCAAGAAAGAAGUUCUCGAAGGCAUUCAAGGAAAUGGUUGCUUCUUGCCUCAUGCAAGAUCCAUCAAAGAGGCCAUCUGCCGAGAAGCUGCUCAAGCAUCCUUUCUUCAAGAACUGUAAGUCGUCUGAUUACCUUCUCCGGAAUGUACUGCAAGUAUUGCCUAUAGUGGAAGAAAGGGUAAGGGAGUACUUAUUAGUUCCUCCAACAUCCACAUCUAUACAAGAUGAUGAUGAUGAGGACGACGGUAUGUUGCCGCUUAUCAAAAACAGAAGGAUUAGUGGAUGGAAUUUUAAUGAAGAUGUCUUCCAGUUGGAUCCUGUUUUCCCAAACGAUAAUUGGCAAGAUAAUGUUAAAAAAGUUCAGUUCACGGAGGAGAAGGAAGGCGGCGAUAAAGGUAGCACUCAUCAAGAAGGGUCUCCUUCCCCUACUUCAUUUUCUUUAGAAGAAAAUGAUCGAGAUAGCGAGGCUGGGGGCCAUGAAAAGGACAAUGCCAAGAAGAGUGAUGGCAAUGACGACAACAACGAUGAUGAAAAGGAUGGUAAUUAA